CGCUCCUCACUAAAGUAUGCACACUGACUGCCAAGGACCGUUAAAGGUAGCACGGCAGUCGGGUAUCUGUGUACCACUGGUUGGAGUUUCAUCCUUUGCACAUCCAUGGAGACCUGAUGUCCAUUUUGCUGCUAACAGAGACUUUACCAGGCAACAGGUGGAUUACUGUCAGACACAAACACGCCACAGUUUUGUCGAUACACUUUCAUGAAGAUGUUUCCUUGGUCUGCCGUUUUCACUCUGGAGCCCAAAGUCCCUGGCCAUCGCACUGCUGAGGAGUUGGUAACAAACACUCUGAUGUUGGAGCUGGGAGCCAUGGUGAAGCGCACUGAACGCAUCCGUUUGGAGAGGAUGACAGAGGGCAGGCGUCGCCGGCGCAGCUCCACCUCCACACCUGACUACAGCUGGCUGGCGACCACCCCGACCCCACACCCAUACGAGCUGACACCCGGCGACCUGCUGGAGCUGCAGGACCUCUGUACUAAGAUCCCUCCUGCACAGUGUGGUCCUGUGAUCGUCAGGUUCAGGAGGCUGGUGUCACAGAUGGAGCCCGAGGUUCAUGAGGUCGCCCGGCUGUUUCGCUCAGUACUGUGCGACUGUGUGGAUGAGAUAAACGCAAACAAUUACGUUGAGAUACAGGACACUGAGUUUGAGAAGCGGCAGCGCAGCAUGAGUCUCUCUUUUGUUACUUUCCGCACCAAGUUUCGCACAGGGUACUUCUUCAAGGGCAGCGGCAUGAGAGGCUCCAGAGGGAAUCUGCAGCAGCAGGUGGACUGGUCUGACGAGGAAGAGGAUGGAGAAGGAGAAGAGGAGGCAAUCAAGGCCAGGGCAAAGAAAGGAAGGAGCAGGAGCAUGCCAAACAUUUCCCCACUGGAGCAAAGUCUCCAUGGGUGAAAAGGAAGGAGAUAUAAUCUUGAACGGAUAGUGGGGGAGCUGUACCUAUAAAGAUUAUUUUGAAGAGAGGCAGAAUAGAUUUUAAAAUCAUUCACAAGUUUCUCUUUCCUAUAACUUCACCUCUAUUAAAUGUCCACACACAGACGGGGUUAAAAAGACUGUAUAUAGCUGAUAAACUUAAGUAAAAUCCAGAGGCAUUACUGAACUGGUUUUAAAAUUUCUGUGUUGUCAAGUGUUAUAUCUUGUUUUUUAUUCUCAGCCUUUAGCCAUGCUAGAUUGUUAACAAAGUUAUUUUAUAAGUAAAAUUUUACUGUAUCUCGAAAACCAAUAUUAUGAAAUUAUACAUAUCUCAUGAACUGCUCCUUUAAAAACCACACGUUGAGAAAGUUCAACACAGACUCAUCUUUCAGCAGCCAUUUUGGAUCUCUGAGGGAGUCCAUUAAUAAGCAGGUCAAGUGGAGAAUUAUAACAAUCAUCUGCAAUCUUACGGUUUGUGGUUGGUGUACGUGAUAUAAAAAAACAUUUGGGACAAUUGAACAUGUCUGCUUCACUUUAGUGUGAUU